AUGCGCGAGAUCUACAAGAGGCUGUGGAGCUCGCAGCUACCAAAGGGUACCGCGGAAGACAAUGUCACUCUUUGGUUCUCUGGGGAUUCCGGGAUCAACAUUUCACACUCAACAAACAUCCACCUCCGAGGACAACAGGGGAAAGCAAGCAUCAUCAUUGACUAUGAUCCUCCGCCUCCUCCCAACCCCACCUUCAAGGAGAAAUCAGGAAUCACCCUCCAGCUCUACAAUUGUACACAAGUUGUAGUGCAAGAUGUUGUCGUUAGGGCCGCGCCAUUCAUGGCCGUGACAGCCUUUCAAGGUGGAGGGGAUCAUAUCUUUCGAAGACUGCGCUUUGUUCCAAGGUCGGAUCGCACACUGGUGGCAGUCAGAGAUGCUAUUCAUUUUUCCGAUCUCAGAAAGGGUCCAACCAUCCUAGAUUCGAACAUUGGGUACAGCGGAGACGACUUUUUGAAUGUUCACACCACCCUGUUGUUGGUGCUGGAAUGCGACAGAACUACACAGCUGAGGAUGGAAUGCUUGCUGGUCAAUCCUCGAGUUAUGGCCAAUGCCAAAUCCAACACUGUAUAUGGAACCUUUUCGGUGCUUCCAUUCGUCGUUUCCGGCGACCAUCUGUCGUUCUUUGCUUGGCCAUCUACUGACAUGGUCAUGAGCCCCCUGAUACAGAGUGCUGUGGUCGUUCAACUGGAGGAUGUGAGUGAGGUAUACGGGCACAUAGCCCAAAGGGCGCUUCCUCCCAUGCUGGAGUAUCCACCAUCCAUGAGCUGGCACGAAGCAACCAACCAAACGCACAAGUUUGAUGCCGGCGAAGUUUGGAGGGUCGUCUUGGAGAUGAGACAUGACUUUUCAUCAUCAGCACUACCCCCACCCGUUGGUAUCGGUACCAUUGCAACAAUUGAUACAAUUGCCACAGCCGGCGCCAAGCUCAUAAACAAUACCUUCCUCCAUAGUCAUUGCAAUCUUGGCCGCUUCAAGAGUCCAGGAGGUGUCAUUCAAGGAAAUGUCUUUCACCAGGCAUGGAAGCCCAAUCUUGAGCUCACUGCGCUCCCCCAGUUUUUGGAGGGACCAGUGGAUGUGCGAGAUAUCCUGGUAGCCGACAAUCUCUUUUUGGGAGUAGGGCCUGAUGAUCCCGUGCACUGUGGUCCGUUUUGCGAAAAACCGGAGUGUCAUCCUUGCUAUCAGUGUCCCCAUUGUCACCGCGACACUCCCUGGGCUAGGAAUAUUACCCUUCGCAACAAUACAAUCAUCAAGUCUACCGAUUUGAGUGGCGAAUGA